GCUCUAUACAGCUUCAAGACUAUAUAAGUCCAGAGAAGUCACCUCUUGAAAUUUUGAAUCAAGUGCUGUUUUCUUGUGUAUAUCAUUGAUCAAGAAUAUCAUUAAAGCUUAGUCAAACUUCAAGCGUUCCAAAUUCGAACUUCAUAAUGUCCUCAGAUAUUGCUAUUGUCUUUGGUGCCGGUGCCAGAGUUGGAAAUGCAGUUGCCAGAAAACUUCUAUCCAACAAUUACAAAGUUGUUACUGUUUCAAGAAAAGAUUUCAAAAUUGAUGAAUUUCCUGGUACUCACUUCCAUUUCCAAGGUGACUUGAAAAACCUUGACCUUGUUCCAGCUGUUUUUGCUAAAACUAGGGAAUUAUUUGGUGAACCAAGAGUUAUUGUCUAUAAUGCUGCUGCUAACACCAAAUUGACCAAAACUGUUGAUGAAUUCCUUUCAGUCACAGGUGAAGAAUUUAACACUGAUCAAAAUAUCAAUGUUAGUAGUGUCUUUUUAUCAGUCCAAGAAUCAAUCAAAUCCUUUGAUAAAAUUACAUCCACUGAUAAACCAAAAGCUUUCAUCUUUACAGGAAACAUGCAAAAUCUAGUUCCUAUGCCACUGUUAACAACCCUAGGUAUUGGCAAAAGUGCUACUUUCGCAACUCUUUCAAUUGCUGAUAAGUUGGUUGGCUCAAAAGGCUACAGAUUCUAUUAUGCUGAUGAGAGAACUGCUCAAGGUACACCAGCUUUCCAAAACUUGAGUGCUGAAGCUGCAGCUGAAUUUUACUUUGAUCUUGCUGAAAACUCAAACGAAGAUAUUCCAGUUGAAGCCACAUAUGUUUUAGGUAAGGGCUAUGUUAAAUUUUGAAUGAGCUUUCCAAUAUCAUUUGAUUAGCUAACCGGAUAGAAUUGAUACUGUUUGGUGGAGAAAUUUUCUAGUUAUUGUUUAUUUGGCUAUUAAAUACAUUAUCCAUUCGCGGUAUAUUUGCAAACCAGUAGAACCCCC